CCAGGAAGCGGCCUCAGCGCCCGCGAGAUCGCCGCCACCGCCGCCGCCGCCCAGCCAGACUCCUUACAUCCGGUGUUGCUCUACCGGCUUCACGCUGGCGGCCGCCCCUGGGCCCCCCGCCGCCGCCGCGGCGCCCGCCAUGGGCGAAGAGGACUAUUACCUGGAGCUGUGCGAGCGGCCGGUGCACUUCGAGAAAGCGAACCCGGUCAACUGCGUCUUCUUCGACGAGGCCAACAAGCAGGUUUUUGCCGUUCGAUCUGGUGGAGCCACUGGAGUGGUAGUGAAAGGCCCUGAUGACAGGAAUCCCAUCUCAUUUAGAAUGGAGGACAAGGGAGAAGUGAAGUGCAUCAAGUUUUCCUUGGAAAAUAAGAUAUUGGCUGUUCAGAGGACCUCAAAGACCGUGGACUUUUCUAAUUUUAUCCCGGAUAGUUCUCAGCUGGAGUACACUCAGGAGUGCAAGACCAAAAAUGCCAACAUACUAGGAUUCUGCUGGACCAGUUCUACUGAAAUUGUCUUCAUCACAGAUCAAGGAAUCGAAUUUUACCAGGUGUUACCAGAGAAGCGGAAUCUGAAGCUUCUGAAGAGCCAGAACAUCAACGUGAACUGGUACAUGUACUGUCCCGAGGGUUCUGUGAUUCUGCUGUCCACCACAGUGCUUGGAAAUGUGCUGCAGCCCUUCUACUUCCGGGCUGGCACCAUGUCGAAGCUGCCCAAGUUUGAGAUUGAAUUACCAGCUGCCCCAAAGUCAACUAAACUGAGCCUCUCGGAGAGAGACAUUGCCAUGGCGACAAUAUAUGGCCAGCUGUACGUUCUCUUCCUGAGGCAUCAUUCUCGGACCUCCAAUAGUACUGGAGCAGAGGUAGUCCUGUAUCACCUACCACGAGAAGGUGCCUGUAAGAAGAUGCACAUACUGAAGUUAAACCGGACGGGGAAGUUCGCCCUAAACGUGGUGGACAACCUGGUAGUGGUUCAUCAUCAGGACACAGAGACAUCAGUGAUAUUUGAUAUUAGGUUGAGGGGGGAAUUCGACGGCUCUGUUACUCUGCAUCACCCGGUGCUCCCAGCUCGAUCCAUCCAGCCCUAUCAGAUCCCCGCGGCAGGUCCGGCUCCUGUGACCAGCCAGUCUCCUGUCCCGUGUAAACUCUACUCUUCAUCGUGGAUUGUCUUCCAGCCCGAUAUCAUCAUCAGCGCGAGUCAAGGUUACCUCUGGAACCUCCAGGUGAAACUGCAGCCCAUAGUGAACCUCUUGCCGGAUAAAGGCAGGCUCGUGGACUUCCUCCUGCAGAGGAAGGAGUGCAAGGUGGUCAUCCUGUCUGUGUGCUCGCAGAUGUUGACAGAGUCAGACAGAGCGACGUUGCCCGUGAUAGCCACCGUCUUUGACAAACUCAACCAGGAGUAUAAGAAGUACCUGGACGCCGAGCAGAGUUACACGAUGGCCAUGGAGGCAGGGCAGAGCCGGAGUGGCCCGCUGCUCAGGAGGCCAGUGCGCACCCAAGCCGUGGUCGACCAGUCUGACAUGUACACCCACGUUCUGUCAGUGUUCACGGAGAAGAAGGAGAUGCCGCACAAAUUUGUGAUCGCCGUGCUCAUGGAGUACAUCCGAUCCCUGAACCAGUUUCAGAUCACAGUACAGCAUUACUUACACGAGCUGGUCAUCAAGACGCUCGUCCAGCACAACCUCUUCUACAUGCUGCACCAGUUCCUGCAGUACCACGUCCUCAGUGACUCAAAGCCUUUGGCUUGUUUGCUGCUUUCCCUAGAAAGUUUUUAUCCUCCUGCCCACCAGCUGUCUCUGGAUAUGCUGAAGCGACUUUCCACAGCAAAUGAUGAAAUAGUAGAAGUUCUCCUUUCCAAACACCAAGUGUUAGCUGCCUUAAGGUUCAUCCGGGGGAUUGGUGGCCAUGAUAACAUCUCUGCACGGAAGUUUCUAGAUGCUGCAAAGCAGACUGAAGACCACAUGCUUUUCUACACGAUAUUCCGAUUUUUUGAACAGCGAAACCAGCGUCUGCGAGGGAACCCUAGUUUCACACCAGGAGAACACUGUGAAGAACAUGUUGCUUUUUUCAAACAAGUUUUCGGAGACCAAGCUCUGAUGAGGCCUACAACUUUCUGAGGUCACUUGCUAGUUUUUUUUAUAUAUAUAUAUAUAUAUAAAAUGUGUACAAAGUUAAUUUAUUGCAUUAAUAAAGCUCUUUAAACUACAAAA